UAGUAAAAUCAUAAAUUAAAUUGUCGUGCACGUGUGAAUCGUUAUGCUUUGCAUAUAUUUCAUUGUGUAAUUAUUGUAUAAUUAACUUUGUGUUUUUAUGUCCUUCAUUCGUGUCUGUUUUUUAUUAUGAUUUAUUUCUACAAUUGAAUUACUAGAUUAAUAUAAAAAGUAUAUUAAAAAUAAGGGGAUUGUAUAAAAAAAAUAAUAAAAAUGUUAACUCCUCGAUUUGAAAUAACACAAACCGACUUAGAAGUUACUUUUAUUAUUCAUGCACCGUAUGCCAAUAUUAAAGACGUAGAGAUUGACGUUGAAGGAAAUGAUUUUAGAUUUUAUGCUACACCUUAUUAUCUUAGACUAAUGCUACCAGGAAAAAUAGAAGAGAAUCAUGCAUCUUCCGGACGUUAUGAUUGUGAAAAGGGUGAUUUUACUUUAAAAUUUUCUAAAGUAAACAAAGGUGAAUUUUUUCCUAAUCUAGAUAUGAUAACUACAUUAUUAUCAACACCGAAAGUGAAAAGUACAAUUGUUCCCAACAUUGAAGUGAUUGGUAAUCCUGCAAAUUUAGAAAAAAUAGAUAAGAGUUCGGAUGAAGAUAAUAAUGAACAAAAUGAUAAAGAAGCAUCAAAUGAAUGGUUUAUUCCUCAAUCAGUAGAAUUAGAUAAUUUAGUUCUAUCUAUAAAUUCUCCCAAAUAUGGAUUUGCUAAUAAAAUCUCUGGUGCGUUAACAGCUUUUGAGCCAGCAUGGAUUAAAGAAAUUAUAGAUUUGCCCAUGCCUGAUAAAAUUCCUGAACACGAACGUAAAUUUCUUCGUAAAAAAAAAGAAUUGGAAGACUUUGACGAACAACAUUAUAUGGCUGAUCUUAUGGAACCAGAAUGUAUUGAGCCGUAUAUUUCUUAUAUACCAGAAUGGUAUAAUUUAAGGAAAGAAGACAUUACAUUUAAUAAAAAUGAAAUUGACCUAUUGAAGGAGUUCCCAAACAAAGAAUAUUUAUUAGACGAUAAGGAAAUUCAAUUAUUACUUAAAAGUUUAAUUGAUAUUUUAUAUGGUAGUUGUUAUAAUUAUAGAACAACAUUGGGUGAUAAUACUGUUGAAAGCGGAUGGACAAUUAACAAGUUGAGCUCAACUUUGUGUUGGUUUCAAACUUUUUUUAAUAUGGAUGAAGUUAUAAACGCAUGUAUUAGAAGAGCACUUUGUUAUCCUAUAUUAAGGAAUUGGGACUUGGCUAUCAAAGUUUUUGAAGAUGUUAAACAAGUCGUAAUGUUAGGAAAAAAGUAUAUUAUAAAACGUUUCUGUGAAAUACAUAGUUUAUUUAAUAAUUCUUAUGAACCACGAUAUCUAUUGAAUCAAUUGUAUAUAAAGGAUUACUUAAUUUGGUUGCAAAAUAUUCCUGAAUCUUUGAUAGAAUCACUUACUCCUAUUUUAGAUAAUAUACAUCCAAAUAAAGAGGAUGUACAGUUGGAAUUAUUAGAAUUAGAAGAAGCGGCAUAUUCUGUUCAAAAAGAAGGCCUUGUGAUAGAAAAUAUAGUACAUGAUAUAACAGGACAUGUACAGAAUUUAACUAUUCAUGUUGCACAAAGUGACAAAUCAUCUGACAGUUCAACUACCACUGAUAGUAGUGACACAGAUACUGAUUCAGAAAGUGACAGUUCUAGCAGUAGUACUAGUACCAGUAUCAGUUUAGAUUCCGAUGAUUUAACUGAUGCAGAAUGAAUUUUUUCUUUUUUAAUAUUUAGUAUGAACAUAAUUUUAAUGUGAAAUACUUUUCUAUUUACUAUCUUCCUAACAUUAUUCAACAGUUUUAUAGAUUAUUAAAUUAUAUUUACAUCUCUUUAUAAAAAAAAUCAUUGUCUUCUCAUACAUAUUUUUUAUUUAUUAAUAAAAAUCAAA